UGCCGCAGCUUGAUAUCGAGCUUAUCUGUUGGGGGUGUGAAUCACAACCAGGCGCACAAAUAGAAUAUCUAUCCCCUCCACAAUUCGUUCCAUUCCGUUUUGCACCUUCUCGAUCGACCUUCAAACACAACAAUUGUACUCCCAGAUACGCUCGACUUGUCUUCCUGACCCAACAGGUUAUCGCUCCUUCGUCGUCAACCGAUCUCGCUGUCCAACCCCGCUGCUACCCCCUCGGACGUAUCAGCCGGCCACCUCCGAUUCGACUGCCCAGUGGCAACGCCGACUCCCGACAGCAUCACUGCGAUCCGACUUCCGAACCCCCUCCCGGGAGUCUUUCUCGCACUUCUUAGCGCACCUUUAAACACGCCGUGAUCCACCGAGACUCACAGCGAGGUGCCGUUCGAAGUGUCCAGAGAAACCUCUCGGCGAGUUUGCCCGGAUGAGCUUGCUCUUCAAGUACUUCUACGAUGGCGAUGUGGACAAGUUCCGCUCCCUACUCGCCCUGCCCGGCUACAACGCGCAGACCGCAUCGCGGAACCCCAAUAUUGGCGGCGGUGGAGGGAGUCCGGGCGCAUUCGAGGCAUCCUCACGGACGCCGGCGAAACCUCGCAAGAGCUCUGGCUGGGGAGCUGGCUUUGGAGCCGGCAGGCACGGAAAUGGGACUCUAGGGAGGAGCGAGGUCAACGCGCGGGACCAUGCCGGGCUGACUCUUCUGUUGCGCGCCGCAUCGUCGACCGCCGACAACGCCAUCGAGUUCGCGCAAGCGCUCCUCGACCACCCCGCAAUAGACAUAUACGUACAGGACCCGGAAAGCGGCUGGAACUGCCUGCACAGGGCCCUCUAUGUGGGAAACAUUUCCAUCGCGCGGCUGAUCUUGGAGAAGGAGCGUAAGAACUUCACGGGCCAGAUCCUCGGUGCCUCAGUGAGUAAGGUCGGGCAACUUAUUAAAACCAAGGAUCACGAGGGCAACUCCCCAUUCGAUCUCUUCAACUCUACUAUAGGCGAGCGAAUCCUGGCGGCGAUAGAUGAGCGAGUAGGUUCCGACGACGACUCCGAAGGUGAAGAGGUGGCUGCUUCGCAGGAUAGCUCCACCCUUCAAGCAAUCAUUGACGGCGACGAGCUGUUCGCUUUUGGGAGCAACCGGAAUCUAUCCCUAGGCUUUGGCGACGAAGAUGACAGGCAGUUCCCCGAGCGCGUGGUGUUGAGGCGGCCCGCCCGUCUUCUCCAAAGAUUCUAUAACGAGUACCUUGACAGCGCUGGCCUCAGCCAACAAGCUUCUCCGGAUCUUUCAAAGAUACCUGCUUUAGUCCUGAGCCGGCCUCUUCUAGUCCACGAUGUCGUCUUAUCCAAGCUCCAUAGCGCCGUCUUGACGACGGAUCCAGUGUCGAACCUGUACAUCUGUGGGGUCGGGCGCGGCGGCCGUCUGGGCCUAGGCGACGAGAACACGCGCUUCAACUAUGUUCCUGUGCAGGGAGGUCUUGCAGACCGAAAAGUCGUCCAAGUGGCUUUGGGUCAGAAUCAUUCAUUGGCCAUCACGGAUAUGGGCGAGCUCUGGACCUGGGGCUCCAACGCGCAUGCACAGCUGGGGUACGCCCUUCCAGCUCCGGCCAAGACGGACGAAGAACCAUCAAGCAACACUCCACGUCAGGUUUUUGGGCCACUGAAGAAGGAGGCCAUCAUCGGGGUCGCCGCCUCCGCCAUCCACUCUGUGGCUCAUACCGAGACGUCGUUAUACUGCUGGGGUAAGAAUGUGGGACAACUGGCCUUGAUGGAUUCCGACUCGAGAUCUCUCGAAGUACAGCAGGUCCCCAGAAAGGUUGCAGCAUCGCUGUUUUCGUCCCCUAUUAUCAUGGUAUCGGCCAUUGACAAGGCGACGACUUGUUUACUUGCAAAUCAUACCGUGGUCUGCUUCACGAGUUACGGGUACAAUAUCGUCAAGUUCCCCUUCACGGAGACCUUUACCAAUUAUCACCUGAAAAAUGUUUCCAUGUCGGCCCGCUAUGAAGCCGCUAGGAACCAGAUCCAAUACAUCACAUCCGGUGGCGAGACGAUCGCAGCCGUCACGGGCCGUGGGGACUUGUUCACGUUCGGCCUCAGCAAUAAGAUCGAUGUCAAUGCAGCUGCGGCGUCCACGACGAACCCCUCCAAAAUCAAGGGCGCCGUUACACAGCCACGGUGCAUAUGGCAUGCUAGAAGAGAAGGCGUACGCUCCGUCGGGGUAGGUGAGCAUGGUUCGGUCAUCAUUAGCACGGAAUCAGGCGCUGUAUGGCGAAGGGUAAAAAGAGCCAAAGCGAAGGACGCAUAUGUGAGCGGCUCUUCGGAGACGAAAAAGAAUGAUUUCAAGUUCCAGCGAGUACCUUACAUCACAAAGGUGGUGACGGUCAGGGCCUCGCCCUUUGGCACGUUUGCCGCCGUCAGGAGAGACUCGGACGUAAUGACCAAACAGAUCCAGAUCGAAGGGCAGACCAUCUGGAACGACGUUGCGCCAUUGAAUCCCCUCCGUGGCUUCAAAGCCUCGGAAUCCAGCCACCACGACGACGAUCAAGGCAAAGAUACGUUGAGAUUCCGGGACACAGAUACACUCAAGGACCGCCUUGGGUCCACCCCGUAUGAGAUUCUCAAGUCGCCAGACCUCGAUGCAGAUCUUGAGCACCAUCUGUCGACUUGGGCUCAUCGGAACGAGCCCCUGGACACAGCAUUCUGCACGUCCUCGUCACCCGAACUGAACAUCCCCGUUCAUGGCUGGCUCCUGUCGGCCCGAAGUCCUGUUCUCCGCCAUGCCAUGACCCAGUAUCGGAAGAGAGGUUCUUACGAGCAUGCUGACACUUUCCGAAUCGACAAAGUUGACGGCGCCGCUGUUAUUACGUUUGCGGGGCUCGACCUGAUCUCGAUCCUGAAUCUCGUCGUCUUUAUGUACAGUGACAAAGUCAUCCCGGCCUGGACCUUUACUAGACAGGCGCCGCCGCUGGCAUACAGGUUCCGUCAGAUCCGGACCGAGCUCAUGAAGGUCGCAACUCGCCUGGAUAUGUCCCAGUUGGAGACUGCUGUGCGCAUACAGACCGAUCCGAAGAAGUCUAUGGAUGAAGAUUUUAUGCUUGCGACCCGGGAUCGUGGCUUCUUUGAGGACAGCGACGCUCUCCUUGAACUGGAUGGCCUUGAGGUCCCUGUCCACAGUACCUUUAUCUGUCGGCGGUGCCCCUGGUUCGAGGGAUUAUUCCAUGGCCGUUCGCAAGGCGCGUGGCUAGCCGGUCGCCGGGAAAGACGAGCUUCGUCCGAUCGAGUACGGAUUGACCUUAAGCACAUUGACCCUGUCGCGUUCAAGUAUGUGCUGCAACACAUCUAUGCGGACACGGGCGAGGAGCUGUUUGACCCUGUGGUAUCACAAUCUCUUAACGAUUUCACCGACCUUGUCAUGGAUGUGAUGAGCAUCGCCAAUGAGUUGAUGCUGGAUCGUUUGGCGCAGAUCUGCCAGAAAGUGAUUGGGAGGUUUGCAAAUACCCGCAACAUCGCCCAUCUUCUGAACGAGAUCAGUCCUUGCUCAGUGACUGAAUUCAAGGAGGCCAGCUUGGAGUACAUUUGUCUGCAGAUCGAGACGAUGCUCGAAAAUCACCUUCUCGAUGAACUGGACGAGGACCUGCUCCUGGACUUGGAUGUGGUCGUUCGGGACAACCAACUGGCGCGGUUCCCUUUCGCAAGAAGCGGCAGAGUCGAGCUUCUAUUGCAUGAGAAAUAUCCAGACUUGGUUCAAGACAUUGAAGAAGAACGCCAGAGAAGAGCAAGGGAGAUUGGCUUUAGGGCGACCCAGAGGGACGAGGAGAAGAAGCUCUCUUCUUCCUUUAAGGCCAGGUACGGUAGCCUCGACGAUUCCGCAGCCGCUACAUUCUCUCCAGAUAAGUCCAGGAAGACGUGCAAACUGGAGAGGAACGAGCCGUUCAGUCCGGAUCUUCGGCCCAAGGCGUCUCACGGGGACCUGAUUUUCGAUAUGGACGAAGAAGGUCCCAGUGGAAUCAGUAGCCCCCUAGCCAGGCCGAGUAAGUGCUUGGAUACAGUCUCGCCCUCUGAGGUGGACGAAUUACCUUCUCUGUCAGCUCCGAGGAUUGUCUUGGACUCGCAGCGCCAGGCUUCAAAUCACGCAAAGGGGAUGGGGGAUGCUCUAUCACCGGCCGCUUCCCGGACUAGUAGCCCCUGGGCAUCCUCCGCUCUGCCGACAGUUAAGUUGGACCUCCGUGAGAUUAUCGAUUCCGAAUCGACGACAAACGAAUCUGCACUCUCGGUCGGCCUGGCUACUCAAAAGGCUAAGGAGGUGUCAUCUUCUAAACCCGUACAGACCAAGUUGUCUCAAAAAGAGCGCAAGAAGCAACAAGUGCAGGCUGCACAGGCCGCACAGGUCCAGUCAACUUCUCAGCCGUCCAGGGCUGCAUGGGAUAAAACAACUGCCGACGGUCCGGCUGCGCCCUGGAAAGCGGUAUCCGCGAAGGAUAAGGCACCACCAGCUCAAGCUAGCGCUGCCCAGUCCCCGGUUCCCAGAACACCUGCUGCGAAGCCGCUAGUAGCAGCCGAGUCGUCCUCAAAGUUUAUCUCCCGUCGAACUGCGUCCCCCGACACCCGUUUCUCCGGGCAAUUCCGUGUCCCGAGCAGCAGCACCGCCCCGAUGGCCUCCCGGUCAUCACCGAGGCCGAACGCGCCGACAACCCCAACCGCCAAACCACCCACCUCCUCCCCAGCCGCACAGUCUCAGAAACCCCUGGUCCCACACUCCAAGCUCUACAUAACGCCGGCCCGCAACACGGAACCCCUGCUCGGCCUCGGCCUGGCAGAUAUCAUCGGCCAACAGCAGCGGGAGCAGGAGAUCGUCAAGGAGGCGGUCGCCAAGCGCAGCCUCCAGGAGAUACAGCAGGAGCAGGCCUUCCAGGAGUGGUGGGACGCCGAGAGCCGGCGCACGCAGGAGGAGGAGGAGGCACGGAGGGUGGAGCGUGAGAAGGGCGAGGGCGCGAAGAGCGCCGGCGGUGGCGGUGGCGGCCGACGGGGCAGGGGCCGGAAAUCCAGGGGUGGAGGUGGAGGUGGAGGUGGGGGUGGGAACGUCAGGGGCGGGAGUGUUGCUACUCCCUCUUUAGUGCCUGACUCUGGAGUUCCAGAGGGUCAGGGCCCGAAGAGGAGGGGGCGAGGAGGAGGACGCGGUGGCGGCGAACGGGGAGACGGGGCCGCGGUGGGUGCGCAAUCGUGAUUUCAGGAUGGGGCGUUGGCGCCUUGUUCCGUUGGCGUUUAUAAACUAGGUACGUACACUCGGGCCUGGUGGUCCUGGUUUGCGUUUCGGGGUGUUCAGGGGGGUUCGGCACUCUCCCAUAAACGCUUUAUUCCAUGUGAUAUGCGUUGCGUGCUUCAUAAUCAGCCAUUUGCAACUUGUAGCAGUAUGUAUUUCCUCAGUAACAAGGCACCUGGUCGUUGUAUGAGCGAUUUCGGAGCCAAUUCUAGACGCAACAUAUCCUAUUUGCCUCGAGCAUAGAGAACGGAAUGAGGCCCUCAUUCUUUAUUUAGACUACGCAUAUUCCAACAUAUAUCAAG